AUGAGUAUUGUUACUGAAAUUAUUAUCGAUGCACCCGUUGCAGAGGUGAAGGAAGUAUUCUUUGAUUUUCCUGGCCAUGAGAACUGGAACCCAUUUUUCAAGUCCAUCAAAGUAGUUAAUGCCGAUAAGCCAGAUGUCGGAACUCGAUUAAGUGUCUAUAUGCAGCCUGAAAACGGUUCAGCGAUGACAUUCAGUCCUACCGUUCUUGAAAAUUCCGAAAAGGAGUUUGCAUGGAGAGGAACAUUAUUCUUUGAAUUUCUCGCUACUGGCCGCCAUUACUUCCAAUUCAUUCCAGUAACCGAAAAUGGUAAGGAAGUCACCAAACUUAUUCAAGGUGAAGAUUUCGGCGGUCUUAUAUUUUACUUGAUGAAAGGAAUUAUUAGAGAUACCGAAGUUAGUUUCAAUAAAUUGAAUGUUGCUUUGAAGGAAAAGGUUGAAGGGAAGCCAAGUAGUUAA